AUGGAUAUUGAUGAUGACGAUAACCAACCUGGCAAUAAUGUUUCCGGCAUAGUACGGGGAAUGGUCGAUGUUUUAAGCUUAGUUCCUUUGGCCGAAAGUGCGUGUAAAUUAGCAGACAAAUUAAUUGAAUGUGCCGAAAAUGCAAAACGACAUAAAAAAGUCUGUAAGCAACUAUCAAAACGAGUCAAAGCUGCCAACGAGACAAUAAAAGCCAAUCCACCGACCUCAAUGUUCUUAGAGAAACAAUAUAAAAAUUAUAUUGCUGUCUUAACUGAAACAAUAGAAUAUGUAAAAGAAAUAAAAAAACCGUCGAGUUUCAGUGAAAAAUUUAAGCUACAUUUCCUUUCUUUUGUGAAUGCAAAUGAUAAUAUGGAAUAUCAUCGAGAAUUGAUCUCACGAAUAGAUCAAGCGAUCGCAGAUUUGAAUUUAAGUAUAGCUAUUGAAAAUAGCGGAAAGUUAGAUAAAAAUAGCGGAAAGUUAGAUGAAAAUAGCGGAAAGUUAGAUAAACAUAGCGACAAGCUAGAUGAUAUUCAAGCUUCCUUAAAUAUUAUGUUGCUAAAUAAAGGUGUUGAUGUCAAGUAUAAAAAAGCUAUAAUAUUGGAUGAAAAGCAUUUCAGUGAUGUUAAUCAGAGCGAAUCUAGAGGAUCAAAACGCCAAAUUCAAAAGAGGAUAUAUAAGGGAGUGUUAGUAGCUCAACGUAAAGAUAUGACAAAAAUAGAAUCAAAGGAAGUCGAACGACAAGCAAAGAUUCUCAAUGAAUUAAGCAAGUGUCGGAAUAUAGAGCAAUUUUACGGCGUGUUGUUAGAUAAAUCGGACAUUAGUAUUGUCACUGAGUGGGCCGAAAAAGGUGACCUUGAAACAUAUUUACGAAAUACACGCUUUAUUUCAUGGAGUCAAAAAGUCAUGUUCGCAAAAGGGAUUUCAGCUGCGCUUAAUUUUUGUCAUUCAUCUGACAUUUUUCAUCAUGAUGUGAGAAGCUCGAAUGUUCUUUUAGAUGAAAACUUCUCUCCAAAAUUGAGUAAUUUUGGACUUGCCCGGUUCAAGACAGAAAGUUCAACUUCGAUCAGAGGUCAAAUGAAAAUUCUGAGGUGGACAGCGCCAGAAAAAUUAGUUCAUGACUAUAUACCUUAUACUAAGGAAAUGGAUGUUUAUAGUUUUGGAAUUUUAAUGUGGGAAAUAGCUGCACAAACAUUACCGUACGAAACGAUCACUAACGAAACUGAAGUUAGAGCAAUAGUCACGUCAGGGGAACAUCCAGGAGCAAUUCCGGAAGACACACCAAAGAAAUACGCUGAUGUUAUGAAAUCAGCAUGGAAUCAACAACACGAAUUUCGUCCAAAAAUCAAAGCAAUAUCUACUAUUCUCAAUCAACUUUACAACGACUAUCAAUACAUGCCCUAUGAAAAUAGACCCAUGUCACAUGAAAUGAAUGGAAACGGUUCAGUAAACAAUCACCACAAUAAUAAUGAACAUUUAAUGGAAAUUACAUACAUACCCGCUACAAAUACACUUCCUUCUUGGAGAGAAGCAUUGCAGCUUCACGAUAAUAAACAAUAUGCAAGAGCAUUCCCGAUCUUCGAAGAAUAUGCAAAAAGCGGAGAUCAUGUUAACGAAGCAAAAUACUUAGUUGGUCUAUACAUUUUCUUAAGUUACGACGGAAUUCCGAAAGAUGAACUUAAAGCGUCUGUUUAUCUUCGCCAAUCGGCAUCGGCAUCUUCACCACAUACAUAUACAACUAAAGCACAAUAUUGGUACUCAUAUGUUUGCUUGACUGGAGAAUUGUAUGAUAAGGAAAGUGGAUUAGAAUAUUUAAAGAGGGCUGCUGAUGCUGGCGAGAAACACGCGUUAUUGUUUUAUGGUAAAAUUUUGAAAAAAGGUGAACAUGAUCAACCAGUAGAUUUAAAGGCAGCUGAAGAUUAUUUUAAAAGAGCUAGAGCCCUUGGUCAUAAAGACGCAGCUAGAGAAUUAAGAAAACUUCGUAGUAAUUCUUCUAGUUCUACAGUGGCAAUCAGAAGUAAUGCAACAAAUAAUUAG